AUGGAAAUUGAAUUCUUUCGUGCUAUUAUGAAGCAUAGACCUGUUGGUAUUCACCGGCAUUUCCACAUGGUAAAUGUGCAUCAUGAUUUUAAUGCUAAUAGCGCUGUAAAAUGUACGAUACCCGAGCUAUGGGAACGAUUUGGUACAUAUUUUAACUUGUCUAAACUCGAAGAUUUGGAUCGUGAUUUCGAUGAAGAAGCUGAUGAAGAUAGCGCAUUUACAGAAUUCAGUUUGCCAAUGGAUGAAUACUACCAUCUCAUUGAAGAGCAUCGUAAAGCUGGUUCUUCACGUGGUGACUCUCCUUCACCGGCUCCCACAAAAAGUCAAAAAAGUCGAAGAGAACAAUCUCCUUCGCUAUCACAUACCGCUUCUCAAGAGUCUUCACCAGAACCUGAAGAUAAUAAAAAAACAAGAAGAACUAGGACUUCAAGAAAACCUGACGUUGCAGAACCCGUUAAGACACAAGCUUCAUCAAAACGUAGUGGUGCUAGAACACGAAAGACAUCAGAUGCCGCCAUGUCAAGUGGAACGGGGCCUAAACGUGGUGGCGUUCGUAAGAAGCAGAAAUAA